GCACCGGGCGUGGGUCCGUUUAAUGCGCGCAGGCACAGACACACAUGCAGAGAGCGCCACCAACGAGAGCUCUCCGCUGCCCACCGCGCCGUCUGUGAAGUGAAAAUGGGUAUCGAAAAGGAGAAUUACGAGACGAGUAUUAUCAUGGACGAGGACGAGUUCAACAGAUCAAUAGAACCGAUUUUGUCGAAAAAAGACAAAGUUUACGCGGCGAUCCCAGACAGAGAUCCCAAUGACAUAAAUGCGCACUUAAAGGUUGGUUUUGACGAUGUGAUCGCAGAGCCCAGUUCCAGCCACAGCUUCGACAGAGUAUGGAUAGGAAGUCACGCCGUCUUCGAACUGUUCAAAUAUGUUUUCUACCGAAUACUGACCACCAUCCUCGCCGUUCCCAUGGCAUUUAUCAUCGGGAUAGUCUUCGGGGUCCUCAGCUGUAUUCAUAUUUGGGUGUUGAUGCCGGUGGUGCGGAGCUGUCUGAUGGCUCUGCCCUCUGUCCAGGUGGUCUGGAGCAGCCUUACAGACAUUUUUGUCACCCCCCUCUUCCACAGUAUGGGCAGGUGCCUGUCCUCUGUCCACGUCAAGGCCAUGGACAUCUGAUAGAGUCUUUCCUUCCCUGUUAUGGGGGUUAAGAAGUUAAAGGACAUCUUCACUUUUUUCUUUUACCUAUGUCUAAGUGGAAAAACAAGUAAAUAAUUUGAGGUAACUCUUAAAAAAGUGAAGAUGUCAUUGACCUAUGUUUGCAUUGAAAUAUAUAAGCUGUUUAUAAAGUCAACAUUGACACACCGUGUGGUGGAAUUAUGGUAGAGCAUAUAAGUGCAACUGAUAAGUUACGAGCGCUCAUAAAGGGUGAUUAGGGUCAACUUCCCUUGCAUUUCUAAGCAGUUUUGAUGUAUUCUGCCAAAAGGACAAUUGUUCAGUUGUGACCAAAAUCAAUGAUUAUCAUUCCAUUAUUGUGAUGCUAAGAAUAACUGUUUUAAUAAUAAAGGAUCAGAUUAGGGCCAAACAGUAUAUUGGCCCGUUAGGCAUCAUAACAUUCCUGGCAUCAGACAUGUAACGUUUGUGUAGUUUCUGCUUUUUAUGUGUUGUGGAUAUACAGCAGAGGAUUCAGAUGGGAUUUGAAUGAAUGAAUUUGUUUUCUGUAAGAGAGUGUACACUGAUCCUAGAUGCUGAGAUGCAGCUUAUACUUCUGCAGCCUUAUUUUGCUGCUGCUGUGUUAAUCUCACAAUGCUUUGGAUACAUUUUGUGCAUUUGCUUUUACACAAAGACAACCUACCUAGUAAAGACCUAAGACAGUUGUAUAUAUUUUGAACAGAAGCUGGACUUUUACGUGUCUAAUAUAAUAAACAAAAAGGGUGGGUUGUCGGAGUAUUGGCUUUCGAACUAAUUAUUUAUCCAUGUGUUCUUGACGGUCCAUGUUUCUGUGAGUCGUGAAAAAACUGGACAGAACUUUUAUGUUAAGUAUCUAAGAUGAGUUUUACUACUCUGGCUUAUUCUAUACAGUCAGGUACUUGGUCGUAGGCCUAGGUGCUGCUGAGCUUUCUAUAAGCCGUAGAGCAACUAGCUUGCUUUAUACUUUGAUGUCAGAACCCAAAUGUGGAGAGAAUCUAGCAGUUCUUCACAACUUAUCGUAUAAUAAUCACACAAAACCUUGGCUUUAUCCAAAACGGCACCCUCUUCCCUAAAAAGUAGUGGGCUGUAUAGGGUAUGGGGUGUCAUUUCAGAGGCACCCUUGUGCUUUGUUUUAAUGGACAACCAAACGCAGCGACUCUGUCAGUAACUUCUAAUCGUUUGGCUAAGCUAGGCAGUUGACAGCCUGCCAGCCAAUAGACCAUGUCUGUACUUGGCUGAGUUAUCUCUUCAGUGCUGAGAGGAAAUUGGAGGUGUGGUUGUGCAAUAGAGCACACAGGUGUGGAAUUAUUAUUUUUUAUGGAGCAAAAAUGGUAAAUGGCAUGAUGUGAUUCUAAUUGAGCUCAACAAACGAGACUUAUUCUUUGAUUUGUAAAAAAGAACCUAAAGUGUUCCUAUUCUGCAUCAAAUAAAGAUAAUUAUUUGUAAAAAUGUU